AUGAAGAGUGCGGCUGGUCUUGCCAGACAGCGAAUAGAUAAGACCUCAGAUAGCACUCAACCAUUGCUUUACGAGACAAAUGAUGAGAACAAAAAACACGUUCCGGAGAAGCUCACGGCGGUAUUGAAAUCCGUCAACUGGCGCAAACCUCUGGUGCCUCAAAGCCACAACGCUCAGAAGACCAAAGUUCGCAGGAGCCGAAAGUCUUCGGGUUCUGCCGUCGACUACAACGUUGCUGAUCCAGCUACGUACUGGCGAAAGCCUGUUGCCGGCGUCGAUCCCUUGCUCAAUACAACCACCCCAGCGUUUGAGGAGAGCAAGCCUAGAAUACCCGCGCAGCUCUUCACUGGAGAGAGCGGGCCAGGUGCCAAAAUGAGAUGCGUCGUCAGCCGCGCUGUUUCCAUUGACGAGGGAGACAAGAGGACUGGUAAGAAGGAAACCACUCCUCUUGUGAUGGACAUAAUGAUCCACGAGUGCGAUGAUUCCAAGUGCAGUGAGCACAAUGGAAUUUUCAACAACGCCGAGAUUCGCCGCAUAAAGAGUGCGACUCGUUUCCAGUCCCAACCUCGCGAUAGCGCGCUUCUAGACUUCGAAAAACAGCUAACGAACGUUAGUAUCACGCCGCGCAAGAAUUCCAUGAUCGAUUUGACGAAAGCUUGCAAGCGUGGCCUUGAUGAUGGCCCUAACGGCUUAGAUUACCACAAGACCUUGCCCCAAAACGAGACUGCCAUUAUUCAUGAUCCUGCCGUUGCAGCUAUUGGUAUCCGAAAUGUCAAGAAAACCAGCGAUGACAUAGCCACACAAACGGACCGCUUCCAAGAGCUCCUCCGGAAGCUUCAGCACUCUGCACUCGAAUACAAGUCAACGGCCAAGGUGGAAAAUGCAGGCGUGGAACGUCCAAGACAGGAUUCUGGUGAUUCUGGUAUUGACACCAGAAGCCCACUCAAACGAUCUCUCAAUCCCUUGGCAAAAGAAUUCUCAGCUCUCUCUUCCAAAGAAAAUCCUGUUGUUGCAGAGAAGCGGGGGUCAGAGACGUCUGUGAAUAUCCCGCUCUCAAUUCUUACGCAGAUAAUGGGUCAAAGUGAUCAAGUUGAGGCUACGGCAGUCUUCCCCCAACUGAACUUGAACAAGUCAAUUAUCGGGACCCUUCAGAAAUUUGGCAUUCCCAACAACCUGCAGCAACUACCGCAACAAAAUCCUAUGGUAUCACCAAUGGCUUUGAUGCCGCUGACGAUGACUCAAACUAUGCAGUCUCCUUUGCUUCCCACGUCAUCGUCGCCCGCUAUCAUUCCGGCACCGGGCCCACAGAGUACCAUAAUGCCACCUCCAUUGGGCACUUUGGUGCCAAUGCAACUGAUGCCAACUAUCAAAUACCCUACUGUUUUUAACAGUGCAACGGCUCACAGUGUACCUACACUGCCUCCUCCUCCAUUUGGAUCGCAAUUCAACCCGCCGGGCUCGACUCUACCGCCAUCAGUAUACGAAACGCGCCUGGAUGGGUUUAAUCCUGCCGCUGACUUGGGUCGGCGGACCGCUGCUGGCUCUACUAUAAGUUAUCCUGGCCCCGGCUCUCAGAUGAAUAACUCCUUUGCUCCCAUCCCAUUACAAGUGCCCAACUGUGGUUCUUUCAACGUUAAUCAAGCUCCAGCACCCAGUUCCAACAUUGGGCCUCCGCCUGUCCAAAAGCCCCGUAUGCCUGAUGCUAUGGGCCAGCAAAACUACGAGGCAUAUGUGGAAUGGCGCAAAGCAAAUGAGCCUGGGUACGCCUAUGAAUGCAAGAAACGCCAGGCCAGGAGAGCUGGUCGAUGCAACGCUUUUGAACGACAGCAACCUCGGGGACCACUUGUACGAUGA